AUGGCAGAGAACGAUGACAAACUCAAGCCCUCUGGUUCAAUGGAGGGAACCACGUUUGACGUUAAUCAUUCUUAUUACCUGCAUCAUUCCGAUCAGCCGGGAAUGAUGCUCGUUUCUCAGCCGCUCACUCCAGACAACUACAACACUUGGAGCAGGGCGAUGAUCGGACUUCAAUCAAGCGUCAUUUACUAUGACCUCGCAUACCAAGUUUGGGAAGACUUGAAAGAACGGUUUUCUCAAACAAACAAUAUGCAGUUAUACCAUAUUGAAAGUGCAAUUCAUGAUUGUGUUCAAGGAGCAAUAACCGUAAGUUCCUACUUCACCAAACUCAAGGUGUUGUGGGAUGAGAGAGAUGCUGCGAUUAGCCUACCCGAUUGCGACUACAACACUUUGCAACAUGUGUUGGCAUUCCAGCAAAAUCAAAAGGCAAUUAAAUUUCUUAUGGGACUUAAUGAAACAUUCAGUGCAACAAAGGAUCAAAUUCUGUUGAUGGAUCCACUUCCUCCCGUCAACAAAGUAUACUCCCUUGUGCUACGACAUGAGAAGCAGCACAACACCACCACAGGAAAAUCGCCAGUUCAGGAAGCUGCUGCCUUUGCUGCAAGAGGACCAGAUUCUAGCAAGAAGGGUGCUGAUAUGAAAUGUACUCGUUGCAACAAAGAUAAUCACACCUCUGAAGAUUGUCGUGCCCAUUUAAAGUGUGAUUAUUGUGGAUGGAAGGGUCAUACGAUAGAUUAUUGUCGAAGGCUUAAAAGGACAGAUCCGGAGCAACAAAGAAGUCAUUCUAAACAGCAGCGACCGAGAGGAAAUAACAUUUCAAGCAACCUUGAAAGGCAAGAUUUGGGAAAUUCUUUCCCUUUUACACCUGACCAAUGCAAGCAGAUCUUGACCAUGCUCAAUGGCAAUAAAGCCAAGGCAAACAACAUUGGUAAAAUUUCCUCUCUAAAUGAUCUCUCAGGACCUUCGUUCAGGGAAGAUGAUUGGGACGGGGACUGA